ACAAGAAGUAAUAGUAUGAUAGGGUAAAAUGAAAAAAGAUACACGGAUAAACGGAUAAACACACGUCGUUGUUUUAUUAUGUGAAGUGUUUGGUAAAAAAUUGGUUCAAAUUCAUUUUAUUUUCAAUUAAAUGAGAGGAAAAGAGAAAAUAGCUGGAAGUAGAGUGAAACAGUUUUACAAAUUUGCAGCAUUGGAAUGCCCUAAACCAAAUAAGUGAAUUUGCAAAAGAAGUAAUGUAACAAAGAAAGUCCAAUUUAGUUCAAACGUGAUUUUCUUAUUCACAGACCCAAAACAAAAAAAAAUCUGCAAAACUCCGACCACAAGUGUUCUCAAUUUUUCGUGUUUUUUAUGUCGAAAGUGUGAAGCAUCUCUACCACAUAGGCAAUCUAAAAAUAAUAAUUAAAAAAGAGUAAAAUAAAGUCAUCCGGAAUAAACAAAUACUUCUGCCUUUAAAAUAAGCAAACAAAUAAAUUGUUCAUAUUAAGCAGAGUAUCUAAGGCUGUUUUCCCCAUAUUCGCUGAUUUUAAAAAGAGUGUUUGAAAUAUUAUGAUGGUCUAGUUGUAAUAAAACAACACAAGAUGCAUUUUAGAACGAUUUAAAUCGCAACAAUGUGUGUACCGUGACUAAAAAACAUGACGCGUUAUUGAUGGGCAGAAUUCAUUGUAUGCUUCUCUUUAAAACGAGUUGUACUUAGACGAAAUUUUUUGAUUUUUUUAAUCUAAUGGUGUCUUGUAAAAAUGCCUUCUGCAAAUACCGAAGAGUUGAGGCGAAAGUUUACAGUUGUGCAGCAACAAAGAUCAGCACCACCGGGGUAUACGGUGCCGGCGGCGAUGGCUGCAGCAGGAACAGCGGCUGCGACAACGUCUGUAACAAAUGCAACAACGGCUUACGAUCCUUUGAACGCUUCAUCCAUACCCUUAAGCAAUACAACGACAACAGGGUUGUUGACCAUGCAAGAACCCGAGCGAACCUAUGUGUUUCCCGGAUCUGUGGGUGUAGGAGGUGGCACAACCAUUGUCGGUAGUACAGCACCAGGUAUACCUGGAGUGGCAAUAAUAAAUCCCACGCCUCAUAACCUUAGCGUGACAUCAGCGAUAGGACGUGGACAUGCGCGUUCUGUUAGCCAUGGAGGUGGUGCAAUAGUGGGACCCAGCGGCCGACCAAUUAAAUCGGCGAUGAAAGGCCAUCAGCGAGCGUUUUCACAAGGCCAAAUUACGGAUUCCCCUGGUGCCUCAAAUACUCCCAGGGGUCACAGUAGAGUUGGAUCGAAAACUGAUUUUAUUUUGCCCCCUGGGCACAAGGAGGAAAAUGAGACGCGUGAGUUCGGACCUUCGAUGCCUUCGUCUGCCGCCGGUCGGGGUCACUCUCGACAGGCUUCCCGCUCAGAAUCAAUCUAUACCCUGCGACGUUCCGAAACUCCGCCCUGGUGGAAGCGUAUCGGUGUAUGCCGUACAGAAAAUUGCGAUGAACGCUCUUACCGCAUUGUCGUGCCAAAUCAUACCGUACCACCCAAAACGCCCAAAUGUGACCAUCCCAAUGGUCAUUUUGUUGGCAAUAAAAUUCGCACGACCAAAUACACAUUGCUAUCGUUCAUACCGAAAAACCUACUCGAGCAAUUUCAUCGCGUAGCAAAUUUGUAUUUUAUUUUUAUUGUCCUACUCAACUGGUUUCCAGCCAUCAAUGCCUUUGGCAAAGAGGUCGCCAUGAUACCGGUACUAUUUGUAUUGGGUGUAACAGCUGUAAAGGACCUGUUUGAGGAUCGCCGCAGGAGGUUCUCGGAUAAAAGGAUAAAUAACUCAACAUGCCGUGUCUAUGAUGGUGAAACGGAACGUUACAAAAGAGCGAAAUGGCAAGACAUCCGCGUUGGUGAUAUUGUACAUUUGUCAAACAAUGAAACAGUACCUGCUGACAUUUUGCUAUUGCGUACUAGUGACUCCCAUGGGGUCUGCUAUAUAGACACCUGUGAUUUGGAUGGCGAAACAAAUCUUAAAAGACGAGAGGUGGUUCGUGGUUUCACUGAUAAGCAAACUAUAUUUAUGCCAAACAAAUUUGUUAGUCGGGUCGAGGCGGAUGCACCCACAACAAAAUUAUACCGCUUUCAUGGGGCCUUAAUACAUCCUUCUGGCGAAAGGGUACCGAUAUCAACUGAGUGUCUGUUGCUACGGGAAAGUAGACUUAAGAAUACAGAUUAUAUCGAGGGCAUUGUAGUAUAUGCCGGUCAUGAGACAAAAUCUAUGCUUAAUAAUAGCGGACCACGCUAUAAACGUUCCCAGGUGGAACAACAAAUGAACAUUGAUGUUAUUUGGUGUGUUAUUAUCUUGUUAAUCUUAUGUGUGGUUGGUGCUGUCGGUUGCAAAAUGUGGCUUAGUUCUUUUGAACAUUUCCCUGUACCUUAUUUACCGUUUGAUGUGAAUCCAGACUACGAAGGCCUUUUAAUAUUUUGGACCUAUAUUAUUAUACUACAAGUGAUGAUACCGCUUUCGCUGUAUGUUACCAUAGAGCUAUGCAAGAUAUUGCAAGUAUACCAUAUACAUAACAAUAUGGACUUGUUUGACAACGACACCAAUAAGAAGACCGAAUGCCGAGCCAUGAAUAUUACCGAAGAAUUGGGUCAAGUGCAGCACAUAUUUUCCGAUAAGACCGGCACAUUGACGGAGAAUAAAAUGUUAUUUCGUCGGUGUGCCGUCAAUGGGGUAGACUACAAUCAUCCAGCAUCAGAACUAGAAAAGGCAUACUCAAAGCCCGGAUCCCCAGCACCGCCUUUAAUAGCAAAUGCCUCUCUUCUCAACGACAUGAUGGGUUUGGGCUCAUCCGGACAGUAUUUGAUGCAGAAUUCUCAGCGAAUUCAAGAGUUUUUAGUUGUUUUGGCGAUAUGCAACACAGUGAUAGUAAGUGCAACGCCGCAUCGUGAUCUCAUGAAUGCCAGUGGCAUAAUAGAGGUGCAGAGCAAUAAUGCAUCAUUGGUGGGUGAUUCCUCUGUGACUUUAAAAGCUGUUAAAGCUUCGGCUGAUCAAAAUGAUCUAUCUGCCACAAACAACAAGUUGGCUUCCGCCAUACCAGCGGAUCGUUAUAUACGCCUAGCCGAAUCAAGAUCAGUUACACCAUCACCACCACCAAAUUUAGUUUUUAACAUUCCUACACAAUCGCACAUACCAUCGUUAUCGCCAAUAAGCAGUUCAGCUGAAUCGACGCCUACCUCAGAGUCGCCACCAAUGAAAAUGAAGUCAUUGUCAAACAAUAUUUCACCCACAGGACGAGCAAAGGCGGCUAUUAAUUCAAAAAUUACAAGUCUUACAACGUUUCUUAAUUCUAAGACACAAGCGAAACGUUUGGCCGCAAAAUUACAACAACAAAAAAAUACACUCACAUAUCAAACACCAGAUGGACGUCCCUUAUUUGAAGCUGAAAGUCCCGAUGAAUUGGCGUUAGUAAAUGCCGCUUACAGUUAUGAUUGCUGCCUUGUAAAUCGCAGUCCUAAUCAUAUUUUGGUCAGUGUGCCCAAUAAAGGACUGAUAGAGUAUGAAGUAUUAAAAAUCUUGCCCUUUGACUCAAGCCGCAAGUGUAUGUCAAUUGUGGUUCGACGUACUGGAACACAAGAAAUUGUUCUGUAUACAAAAGGUGCUGAUACAUCUAUUAUGCCCGUCCUGACGCCAUGCUCGCCUAAUUCACCCGAAGGCAUAAUACGCGAGAAAACGCAACAACAGCUAGAUCAUUAUGCCCGUGAUGGAUUGCGAAUCUUAGUUAUGGCCAAGCGAAAUCUUAAUGCUUCAGAAUACACCGAGUGGUGGACGCGACAUCAAGAAAUUGAAAUGUCAAUGGAGAAUCGAGACCGACGUUUGCGUGACUCCUUUGCAAAGUUAGAAAGUAAUCUAACUCUUUUGGGUGCUACAGGAAUCGAAGAUCGCCUGCAAGAAGGUGUGCCCGAAGCUAUCUCAUCGUUGUUGUCUGCCGGCAUUUCAAUAUGGGUAUUGACAGGAGACAAACCCGAAACAGCCAUCAACAUUGCGUAUUCAGCCAAACUAUUUACACAACAAAUGGAACUCAUAAGAUUAACGGCCCGUUCCAAAGAUGCAGCAGAAUCCGCCAUAAAUUUUUAUCUGAACGAAAUUGAGUCUGAGACGAAACUUUCACCCUUUGAUCGCAACCAUCGCUUGAAACCACGUGCCCUUGUGGUUGAUGGCAAGACAUUGACCUUCAUCUUAGAUUUAAGAUCAAAGUUGAUAAGACCCUUCCUUAAAUUGGCUAAAAGUUGUGCAUCUGUACUGUGUUGCCGUUCAACUCCUUUGCAAAAGGCCUACUUGGUGAAAGUAGUCAAGGAAGAGUUACGUUUGUGCACAUUAGCCAUUGGUGAUGGUGCUAAUGAUGUCUCCAUGAUACAGAUGGCUGAUGUGGGAGUUGGCAUUUCAGGUCAAGAGGGUACGCAAGCAGUAAUGGCUGCUGAUUUUACAGUAGCUCGUUUUCGAUAUUUAGAGCGGUUACUUGUCACUCACGGUUAUUGGUGUUAUGAUCGCCUGUCACGCAUGAUUCUUUACUUCUUUUAUAAAAACGCUGCCUUUGUGUUUCUGAUAUUCUGGUACCAAUUGUAUUGUGGAUUUUCCGGCUCUGUCAUGAUGGAUCAAAUGUAUUUAAUGCUGUAUAAUUUAGUAUUUACCUCGCUGCCGCCUUUAGCAAUUGGUGUCUAUGAUCAACGAGUGCCAGAGGACUUACUACUUAGAAAUACAUAUCUGUAUAAAAAUGGUCGCUUGGGUUUGGCGUAUAAACCUCAUGAUUUUUGGAUAGUGCUUCUGGAUGCACUCUAUCAAAGUCUGAUAGUAUUUUUUAUAGCUUUAUGUGCCUAUGCUGAUUCAGACGUUGGUAUAUGGGAAUUUGGUGCCACUAUAACGGCUUCCUGUUUAUUUACGAAUUUAUUGCAUGGAGUUAUUGAAAUACGUUCAUGGACAAUACUUCAUGUGCUCUCUAUUGUUUUUAGUUUGGGUUCUUUUUAUUUGUUUUCCAUCGUGUACAACUCUAUGUGUGUGAAUUGUUUCGGCCUUCCUUCUAGUUACUGGGUGAUAUUUCGUUGUUUUGCGUCCGCUGUACAUUGGUUUGUAAUUAUAUUAUCGGCAGUUGUAGCCACAUUGCCACGGUUGCUCUUUACCGUUGUAAGAACUACAUUGUGUCCUGAUGAUAGCACAAAAGUUUUAUUACAUAAUAAACGUGAACGCCAUAGAGGUGAGGGUUUAUUAGUUACUUGGUCACGGUCAACAUCUGCUUCAUCAAUAUAUAGAAUCACCGAUUAUGGGUCUAAGAAUCAGAUUAUAACAUCAAUUACCUGAUUAUUACUUAACAUUACAAUUAAUUUAUGUAUAUAUAUAUAAGAUCUAAACAUCAACAAUGUACCAACGACUUUUUUUUAUUAUGUGUAUUUAAGACAGUGUAUUUGUUAUUUUCUUUUUUUACAUUUAUAUCUAUAUAUAUAUGUAUUAAUUGCAAUCAAAGUCAAAGAAAUAUCCUGCCCAAUGCGCCGCCUUUAUUUAUGUAUAAAAUAUAAACUAUGUAUGCUUUAAAGUUCUUUUUCCAUGGAUAUUGGAUAUGGCAUCUAAUCAAACUAUUUUUUGUAAUUCGAAGUAGGCAUUGGUAACAACAUGGAAAACUUUUGCAAAGGAUGCGUAAACUCCCUCUUUUACUUAUGAAUGUAUUUUCUUUUUGUUUCUGUAGGUACUUGAAAUGUGCUUCUUGAUUUAUCCUCCUCCUCACAAUAUUUCUUAGAUAAUAAAAAUUGUGUAUGUGGCGAAAAUUUUUUCGUACGAUAAACGA